AUGAACCCCUCGACAAUCUUCAGAUCAGGUGCUUUGAUCACCGCGACGGGCAUAUCCUUCGGUGCAUUCGGAUCACACGGUCUCCGAACUCUCAAACCACCUAUCUCCGAGCAGAAAAUCAACUCAUGGAACACCGCAACGUCCUAUUUGAUCUAUAACGGUUUGGCCUUAUUGGCAAUAUCGUUCCAUCCUGGCUUACUAGGGGCAAGUAGGAAAUACCGAUUGGCUUCUGGGUUGAUCAUCUCUGGUGCAGCGGUAUUCUCGGGUAGUAUAUUCGCGCUGGUACUUGGCAGAGAUAGGUUUAGGUGGUUGGGGCCUGUUACGCCUUUAGGUGGAUUGGGGAUGAUUGCUGGGUGA